CAUACCCUCAUCUUCGUCAAGUUACUCUAUUAUACCCCUAUCUUGGUCAAGUUACUCUAUUAUACCCCUAUCUUGGUCAAGUUACUCUAUUAUACCCCUAUCUUCGUCAAGUUACUCUAUUAUACCCCUAUCUUCGUCAAGUUACUCUAUUAUACCCCUAUCUUCGUCAAGUUACUCUAUUAUACCCCUAUCUUCGUCAAGAUACUCUAUUAUACCCCUAUCUUCGUCAAGUUAUUCUAUCAUACCCCUAUCUUGGUCAAGUUACUCUAUUCUACCCCUAUCUUGGUCAAGUUACUCUAUUAUACCCCCAUCUUGGUCAAGUUACUCUAUUAUACCCCUAUCUUGGUCAAGAUACUCUAUCAUACCCCUAUCUUGGUCAAAUUACUCUAUUAUACCCCCAUCUUGGUCAAGUUACUCUAUUAUACCCCUAUCUUCGUCAAGUUAUUCUAUUAUACCCCUAUCUUCGUCAAGUUACUCUAUUCUACCCCAAUCUUCGUUAAGUUAUUCUAUUAUACCCCGUGGACUUGGUUCAACCAGCACCUAUAUCAGUGGUUUCCAACCUAUUUCAGCCUUCACACUCCUGGAGCAAUCACCUUGACCUUGCACAAAAAACAAAUUUUUUCAUCCACAUUCCAGCAUGUGAUGAUGUGA